AUGCCCGGUCAGCUCACAAAGAGGCUGGUAGUCAUCGGUAUCGGCGGGGCGAGUUGCUCUGGCAAGACGCUCCUUGCCAAACAUAUCCGACGAGCGUUACCUCAAGGUAGCCAUAUCAUCCAUCAAGAUGACUUCUGUCCACCUGAGGACAAAGUACUGUAUUCCGAUCGAUAUCCAGAUCUACAGGACUGGGACGAUCCCGAGACCUGCAUAAUGUGGCCUGAGUUCCGCUCUAUCCUCAAUCAGGUCCGUAAAACAGGUCAACACGGUGCUCAUGCAUCUCAUGAUCAUCUCAACAAGCAGGUGGAAGUGGGGAUCCAAGAAGACAUAUUUACCAAAUGGAAAGAUAGAUUACGCCGGUAUAUAGAUGAACAGGAAAGCAAGGGUGUAGAAUUGGUUUGGUACAUCGUAGAUGGGUUUGUACUAUAUUGGGAUAAGGCGCGUCGAGAGGAGAGACAAGUCUAUGUACUACAACAUGGAGGGGUAUGGGUGGAUCCUCCAGGAUAUUUCGACAAGAUUGUGUGGCCAGGAUAUGUGAAAGCUCACAGAGAGGUAUUUGAAGAGGUGGAAAGGGGUGAUCUGAAGAAGGGAUGGGGACCAGAAGGAAGGAAUCUAUCAUUAGUACAACCUGGAGAAGGUGAAGAAGGGAUGACGAUGGCCUUUGAUAAGGCUUGCGAAGCUAUACUGAAGCAGUGCGAAGAAGGCGCAGGGACAGUCAUUUCUGCAUAA